AUAUAAAAAUAUACAGUAAUAUGUAAGACCCAUCUCUAGUGAAUUCUUUAAAUAUGACAUGACAUGAUAAAACCAACUAAAAAUGAGUUGACAACUGUUUUUGAAAUACUCUCAGAAUAGACAAGAGACACUGAACGGAUGAGAUUUUUUUCCAACUAAGAACAUAUGGAAAUCUCAUUGAGUUAGGUUUGGACCGUUUGGUAACACUGACAGAUAAACUAAAAUUAGUGUCAAGGUCAUGGCUGGGCAUGAGGCAGAACACUCAAGAGAAACUAGUAAUUUUGGUUCGCAUUAUUUGCUACAAGUGUUGGAGUUGAGUAUUUUGUCCUUUAACCACAAUUCAAUUCAAUUCAAUUCAAUUCUCACACUAAUCUAACCUUUCUUCCUUUGGAGCCUUAUAAUAUCCAAUCCUUCAACAAAACAAAUAGUGGGCUUGUAGUGCAAAAAUGCCAAAGCUGGUUCUCAAAGUUGGGAGCAGACCUCCUUGGGUUGGUCUUGCAGCUGCAGUUUGGACUCAAAUAGCAUCUGGCAAUGCAUACAACUUCCCACUCUAUUCCUCUGCCCUCAAAUCAGUGUUGGGUCUCAACCAGCAACAGGUCACUAUUCUUGGAGUGGCCAAUGAUGUUGGGGAGAACAUGGCUCUGCUUCCUGGUAUUGCCUCCAACAAGUUCCCUCCUUGGGCUUUGCUUCUGCUUGGUUCUCUCCUUUCUUUAUUUGGCUAUGGCCUUAUCUGGCUUGCUGUUAGCCAAACUCUUUCGCAAUUCCCCUAUCUCCUGUUAUGGCUUGCCCUCUGUGUUGCCACUAACAGCAGUGCGUGGUUUAGUACAGCCGUGCUUGUCACCAACAUGAGAAACUUUCCUCUCAGUAGAGGCACCAUCUCUGGCAUUCUUAAAGGUUAUGCGGGGAUUAGUGCUGCAGUAUACACCUUAAUAUAUAGCAUGUUGCUGAAAUCAUCUGCUUCUGAAUUACUCUUGUUCCUGGCAAUUGGAAUUCCUGUCGUAUGUUUAGUUAUGAUGUACUUCGUUCGGCCUUGUACCCCUCCUUCUGGGGAAGACUCUUCGGUGCAUGUGCAUUUUAUUUUUGUCCAAGUUGCAAGUGUUUUACUUGCCUCCUAUCUUGUUAUCACCACAAUAGUGAGUGACAUGGUCUCUAUAGAUGAUGCUGUAUCCUACAUCUUGGUUGCUAUAAUGGUUAUACUUCUCAUGACUCCCCUUGCAAUUCCUGUCAAAAUGACACUAUUUCCUGCUAAUUCAAAGAGGAGCAACGUUCCACUGCUUGGUUCUUCAGAUCAGUUGCUAACAGGUGAUGAUGUUUCAACUCAAACAAGUCCAUUGCUGACACCAUCUUCCUCAGCUGCCAAUCUUGGAAGUUUUCAUGAAAGUGAGGAUGCUUCAGAUGUUGAGACACUCAUAGCAGAAGGGGAGGGAGCGAUAAGGAAGAAAAGGAGGCCUAAGAGGGGUGAUGAUUUCAAGUUCCGUGAAGCUUUGGUCAAGGCUGAUUUCUGGCUUCUCUGGUUUGCUUAUUUUCUUGGGGUUGGAUCAGGAGUAACAGUUCUCAAUAACUUGGCUCAAAUUGGAGUUGCCUUAGGUGUAGAAGAUACAACCAUAUUGCUUUCGGUCUUCAGCUUUUGCAAUUUUAUGGGUCGUCUUGGUGCUGGUAUUGUUUCUGAACACUUUGUUAGGUUGAUAACACUACCGAGAACAUUUUGGAUGACAAGUACACAAAUAAUCAUGAUCGUAGCUUUUUUACUUUAUGCUUCAGCUCUUGAUGGCACUCUUUAUGCUGCAACGGCUUUGCUUGGGAUCUGCUAUGGGGUUCAAUAUUCUAUAAUGAUCCCAACUGUCUCUGAGCUUUUUGGUUUGAGGCACUUUGGUGUUAUCAGUAGCGUCAUGAUGCUAGGAAAUCCAAUUGGUGCCCUUAUUUUCUCAGUUUUCCUUGCUGGCAACGUGUAUGAUGCAGAAGCUGCAAAUCAAGGAAACUCCACCUGCUAUGGUGCAACUUGCUUCAGGCUCACUUUUCUGGUUUUGGCUGGUGUCUGUGGACUUGGUACCAUCUUGAGUAUAAUUUUGACACUCAGAAUACGACCAGUAUAUCAAAUGCUGUAUGCUGGUGGUUCAUUUCGUCUAUCUCAGACUUCAAACCACUGAGUGUGUACAAAAAUUACCUGCCAGGUACAAGAUAUAUCAAUUUUGUGGAUCCAUUCUUCAAAAAAAUUUAUGUGUUGCUCCUAAAAAAUUAUGAGCCUUAGGCGAUAUCCCUGUAUUUGCUUGCUAUUGGAAACAAUUCUAAGGAGUUAUUCUUUUGUGAUUCUCACAAUGUGAGCGAUCAACAGUUUUUAGGUGUAGAUUAAUGAAUUUCCCAAUAUUUAAAUUGUGGUUAGUGUAUGU